AGAGCCGAAUAAGGAUUUCACUUCCUGUUCUGUCUGGCGUGGGAAAUCGGCUGGUGAAUUUCCCAGGCGCGCCAUCCGAAGUUAGAGGAGUCUGGUUGGUCGUGUUUUCGCUUUUUCUUUGCUGUUUUUCUGGUGGAUUCAAAGGCUAAGAUGAUCCUGCAACAAGUUAAGGGGUUAUAAAUCCAGAUGUUCAAUAAUGGUGGAUUAGGGAGAGGCAUUAUCCUAACAGCUGCAAAAAAGGGAUGUGCAUGGAACUGGUGGGUGCGCACACAUCGUGCCCACCCACUCACGCGCCCGACAUGUGGCAGCAUACGCAGGCCCAUCAAAUACUUCUGGGUAGUUCCGGUAAACUACGCUGCCACCCUCAUGGGCUUUAACUGAAAUUGGAUGCCGGCAGGGGAAAAGCAGCGAGAGGGCCAACUGCAGGAUCCUUUCCACCAGUAGCUGAAUCCUGAGAGGCAUGCAUAGGAGCAACAUUUGCAGCUGGUGAACCCACAACACUUCCUAGCCCAGAAAAUGCAGAACUGGGUCAGAGAAGAUGACCCCCAGGCUUGCACCAAAGCGUCGGUCCUGACGGGGGGUUUCCUACAGAGGCAGCAAAGUGCUGAGAAGUUUCCAGUGGUGGUGCUGGAGGAGGAGGAGAGGACAGAGUCAGAGAGGACUCCAACAUGCAGCUGGCAGAGAGCACCUCACAGGAUGAGCAAACACGCAGAGGACGAAGAUGCCACCUGGCUGGGCAGCGGGAUGGCAUCGCUGAUACCAUAUAGACCAUUUCCUCUUUGUGGUGGAGAGGAAACUGCUGCCUGGAAUCAGCCACUUCAGGAGCUGGUGACCUUUGAGGAGGUAGCUGUGUAUUUCUCCAAGGAGGAAUGGAAUCUACUGGAUGCCUCACAGAGAGCCCUGUACGAGGCAGUCAUGCUGGAGAAUUAUAGAAAUGUGAUCUCCCUGGAGGGGCUUUUGAUUCUCAACCGUAACUUCGUCUCUGAUCUGGAAGAAGAAAUGGCAGACCUGUUUGCCCAGAACUGGAACUUUGAAGAUGAGCCGAGAUCAAGAGCAGGUGAUAAGAAAGAAAUGGGUGUGAGGGAGCAAAACCAGCCAGAAAGUUCUAGAGAAAUGGAUUCAUGUGACUUGUGGUGGAAGAAAGCCAAACUGAAGACGGCACUUCUUAGCGGUUCAGAAGAAGGCUCGGAGAAACUGCAGGGCUACUACCCAUAUGAAGACCAAGUCAACCUAAUCAAUUUCUUGGGAGGGUACGAGGAACCUGAUGGCAGCUUGGUCCAGUGGGCAACCUCCAAGACCGGCCGAGGAUUGGAAAGUGAGAAAGCCUUUGGAUGGGGACCCGAUCUUCUGGCACGUGCAAAGAAGCUGACGGGAGAAAAACCGCACAAGUGCGCCGAGUGUGGCAAAAGCUUCCGCUGGAGGACAAAGCUGCUUGUGCAUGAAAGGACCCACACAGGAGAGAAGCCCUUUAAAUGCCCCGAUUGUGGGAAGGGCUUCAAGCAGCAGGUGCACAUUAGCAUACAUCAGAGAACCCACACGGGGGAGAGACCCUAUCAGUGCCCCGAGUGUGGGAAGAGUUUUGCUGACAGCACCUCCCUCAAAAGGCAUCAGAGAAUCCACACGGGAGAGAAACCCUUCCAGUGCGCCGACUGUGGGCGGCGCUUCAAUGACCGGACAUCCGUCAAGAGGCACCGGAUGAUCCAUACAGGUGAGAAACCCUACAAGUGCACAGAGUGUGGGGAGAGCUUUCUGUACCAAGUGCAGCUUAUUAAUCACGAGCAAAUGCACCCAGGAGAAAACCCAUAUCAGUGUUCCGUUUGCAAGCAGAUCUUCAGCAAGCCACAGUCCCUGGCCAGCCACAAAAAAAUCCAUGCAAAACAAGAACGUAGGAAUGAGCAGAUGCACCCGGGAGAGAAGAAAGCGUAUCCAUGCUCAGUUUGUAAGCAAAGCUUCAGUAGGCUGCAGUCUCUUGCCAGCCACAAGAAGAUCCACUCAAGACAACUGGGUGAGAACAAGGAGAUGCAAUUAGGAGGAACGGCAUAUCGAUGCUCAGUUUGCGAGCAAAGCUUCAGUGAGCCACAGCCUUUUAUUGACCACAGGAAAACCCAUGCUAUGGAGCAGUGCCAAGACAAGCAAAUAUAUCCAGGAAACGAAAUGUAUCAGUGCUCCGUCUGUAAGCAGAGCUUUGGAGAGCUCCAGUUCCUGCUUAGCCACAGGAAAAUUCAUGCCGAGGAGCAACAGGAGGACAGGCAAAUGCAGCCAGGAAAAGAAAUGUAUCAGUGCUCAAUUUGCCAGCAAACCUUUGGGAAGCUGCAGUUCUUUAUUAACCACAGGAAAAUCCAUAUUAAGGAAGAACGCGAGCAUCCACAGGACAGAAAGGGCUUCCCACAGGAAAUGCAGCUGGCUGUGCAUCAGAUGAUGCCUGUGGCAGAGAAGCAGCAGGGACUGGAGUGUGGCAGAGCCGUGCCUGCCAAAUGCGCUUUUGUGCAGGUGGACGGAGAGAAGGCAUUUGUGUGUUUGGAAUGUGGGAAAAGCUUUGCUCAAGGGAAAAGCCUGACUGAGCACGGGAGAACCCACACAGGAGAGAAGCCCUAUGUAUGUGCGCACUGUGGGAAAAGCUUCAGUGAUCGGUCAUCGGCGAGGAGGCAUAAGAGAAUCCACACAGGAGAGAAACCCUAUCAGUGCCCUGACUGUGGGAGGCGGUUCAACGACGGAACGUCCUUCAAGAGGCACAUGACCACUCACACGGGCAAGAGGCCGCAUAUAUGCUUACGCUGUGGGAAGAACUUUCUGUAUCACUCACAGCUUAUUAAUCAUGCGAGAAUCCAUGCAGGAGACAAUCUGUAGAAAUGCUCUUGUGUGGGUUGGGGGGAGAGGGGUUGGACAUUUCAGUUCAAAAACCAUUCUUGUUCAUUUGAAGUAUAUAUCCAAAAGCAGGCAACAGAAUUCGGGUUCCUGAGAAUUGUAGCAAACAAAUAAAUAAAUAUUUAAAGCACCUUCCUCAUCCAUAUGACUCACAAAAUAUACUUGAAAGCAUGUAGUAAAAGCUGUGAAGCUGGGACCAGCGUAUGUAGCUUCAGUUCCUCUAUAGUCCCUUGCCUUCCUGUGACUUGUGGAAGUAGAAUUAUCUGCAUAUCUGGGCAACUGUGCUUAAUUUGCAUAAUAUGGCUCCUAGGAUUUGGUUUUUAGGCAGGAUGAAGAGGGCAGCAUGAAACUGUCCCCACCACAUGCAUUAGGCCUGGUAGUAGAACAAAGUUGAAACUUGGCAAAUGGACUGCACUAAUUUUGACUGCUGUGGGGGGGGGGGAUUCUAGUUUUGAAUACUUUGUGUAAAGAAAAGGGGGAGAAACCUCCCUGCAAAUAGAAAACUAGGACAGCACACAUCUGUCUAGCCCAGCUGCUCUGUGCCAGUUGAGUUGUGUUUCUGAUUGCAGCUCUUAAAAUGGAUUAUUUUAAAAAUAUUACUCCUCCACUUGCAGGUAGUGUGAAGUGGUACAGUCUGUUUUCCUGUCUCCGCAGUCUAACACCUCGCUUUGCUGCAUGUAUAAACCAGUUUCUAGUUCCUCCAGAUUAAAAAAAGCAUUUGUUGUGGCCAAUACCGAAAAUCAGAUUUGGUGUCCAAAAUGGAAAAAUAUCUGGCUAAUAUUUGGCGUACAGUAGAAAUAGAUAAAUUGUCAUAUUAAACACACUUGAGAGUAUGAGUGGAAUUUAUGUUUUGAUCAUAUUUUGUUAAAAUUCUGGGAAGCUGUUAAAAUGCAGAUUAUAGUUGUAAUUAACUAGUUUAUAUGUCCCAAUUUUUAUUUCCCCCCCUUUGUUUUGUGUCUUCUGUAUGAGGUAUGUUAAAUAUAUUUUUAAUUACCUCUCUUGCAUAAUAAGCUUUUUGUUUGCUCAUUAUAGUACUGUAACAAGAAAUGCAAGAAAAAAGAGACUAUAAAUAAAGAGUUCUUUGCGGGGAGCGGGGGAGUCCUGUA